AUGGCGCCAUAUACCGUCCACAAAUCGCUCGAUCAAGGCCUUUACUUCCUUGAUGGGCAACGAAAGACCAUCGAAAAGCCAAAAUAUUCCCGAGAAUUUGACGUUUUUGAGCCGAGAAUUGGCAAAGUUGUGGCCAAAUGCCCAAUUGCACCCAAGGAGCUUGUGGAUCGCGUCUGUACUGAUGCCAAGAAAGCGCAACCUGCCUGGGGCAAAAUCGUUCCGAUGGAGAGGGCCAAGGUUUUGCUCAAAGUCGCUGAUAUUAUUAGAGUAAAAACUUUUUUAUUAUAAUUUGUUAGUAGCUGUAAAAAAUAUAUGUUUUUCCACGGUAAGCAAAAAAAGGCUUCAAAAAUCGAAAAAAAUUAAGUGUGCAGAAUUUGCAUCAAACUGGAAUUUUGCUUCAGGAAAAUGUAGACGAAUUGGCCGUCUGGGAAUCAAAAACGAACGGAAAAUCGGUGAAUGAAGCAAGAGAAGACAUCCUGUCAAGUGCCGACACCUUCAUGUUUUACGGUGGAAUCGCUCCAGCUGUUUUGAAAGGUAUCUCUUGUUUUCGUUUUUUGAACGAUUUUCAUUUGACAAAAAAAUUUGCUGGGCCUGAAAAACAACGACGAAAAAUUUCCAGGAGAUCACUUCGAACUGCCGGACGAUCGUUUCUGCUACACACGAUGUGAGCCGUUCGGCGUGGUCGGCUGCAUUGGCGCCUGGAAUUACCCCUUCCAAACGUGUGUUUGGAAGGUUGCGCCAGCCUUGGCGGCCGGAAAUGCCGUCGUUUAUAAGCCUUCCCCGUUCGCGCCUGGCAGUCCGGUCGCAUUGGGGGAGGUUUUGAAAGCCGCUGGAUUGCCGGACGGAGUUUAUAACGUGGUUCAGGUGAGUUGACAAGCCUAUUUCUAUUGUAAAAAACAAGAAUUUCACAAAAAGAAUUGUGUUUGCCGUGCCAAAUUUUCAAAGAUACUUUUAAUAACGUUGCUGUCCGAAAAGAAUUUUGUCCAUAUUUUAAAAAUUUUUGGCCAAGUCGAAGGGAUUUUGGCCAGGUCAAUUUUUUUUAAGUUGGCCAUAUUUUGCAAGAGUUGGCCACAUUUUUUCAACAUGGCCAUAUUUUGUAAGAGUUGGCCACAUUUUUUCAAUUUGGCCAACGUUUUUUAACUUGGCCAUAUUUUGUAAGAAUUGGUCGCAUUUUUUCAACUUGACCACAUUUUUUUGACUAGACCAAAAAAUGAUGACACAUGGCCAAUGUUUUUAUCUUGUCCAAAUUUUUCAAUUUUGCUAUAUUUUAUAAGAUUUGACCGGCGUUCUGUACAAAAGUAAGCGUUUUUGGCUAAAUUUUGGUCAAUUUUGCAUAGAAACCUUUUUUCGAAAUAUAAAUAUUUCUUUUCUCGACCACCAACCCGAAUCUUUAGGGCGAUGCCGAGACGGGUGAAGCCCUAUGCCAAAAUGAGGACAUCCGCCGCGUCUCUUUCACCGGCUCCGUGGAAACCGGCAAGGCGAUUCAGCGCAAUUGCGCGCUCAAAAACAUCAAACCAGUGACGUUGGAGUUGGGCGGCAAAAGUGCGUUCAUUGUUUUUGAGGACGCGGACAUAAAUGAGGCCGUGAAUGCCGCAAUUCUGGCCAAUUUUUUGAACCAAGGCGAGGUUUGUACGAAUGCUACACGCGUCUUCGUCCAAGAAUCAAUCGUUGACGAGUUUGUUGAGAAAUUGAAAAAAGAAUGCGACAAGGUCAAGGUGGGGGAUCCACUGAAAGGGGAGAAUAAUGUGGGCGCCAUGAUCAACGAGGGCCAUUUGAACAAGGUUUUGGGGUUUGUGGAGAGCGCUGUGAAAGAGGCAAGUUACGAAUUUGCAACUCUCAAUCUUCCAUUCAAAUAG